AUGUUAGCCUCAUCAACGCAAGAAACUUUACUUAAUGAGGAUAGUCUAACACCUAACAGCACAUUUUUACGUUCCAUAUCUGUGUUAGAUCCAAAUGACUUUAAUAUCUUUAUUCAAGAACACUAUGGAGCAUGUUGGGGUACACUCAAAUUUGAAGAUUCAUUAAGUGAUUAUUCAAAUGAUGCAAGUAUUUUUCUUAUCUUAAUAAAAAAAUCAGAUUUCAGAAGUGCUAGGCCAUUUCUAUAUGUUGAUGGUAGUAUCGAUUUACAUGUGUUACGGCAAUUUAUGAUAAGUGAAUGGAAGUUACAGUCAGCCAAUAUUGUUAUUCCAGUUUUAAGUGGUGUAACUAAUCAUAAACCAUUCAAAAAUCAAAAAAUGACUGAAUCAUUAAGAAAUGGAAUUCAAAAUGCAGCAAAUGCAUCAGAAGUUUGGUUUAUAACAAAUGGCAUUGAUGCUGGCAUUCCACAAUUAAUUGGAUCAGCUUUUAGAGAAGAAAUUGCAUUGAGACAGGCUGAUGACGCAUGGGCUAUACAAAUGGGGCGUCCACCAAAACCACGGAAAAUACUUGUUUUAAUUGGUGUGGUUUGUGAUGAUGAAAUCAAAGAUCUUAUUGAUCUUAGAUCACCAAAAGAUAAAACGAAAAUGGAAGUUAAAGUUCCAGCACGUAAACGUGAUCAACUUUCAAUAAAUAGUGGUCAUACACAUUUUAUAAUCAUUCGUGAACAAUCCAUCGGUACAAGCUCCAUUGCUAAUUUAGGGAAAAAUCCAACAACUGUUGAGAGUGGUGAAAAGCAACUAGAAAAAUUAAUUGAUUCAGCAGAAAGUGCAACGAAUAAAUUUCGGGAUCGAUUUGAAGACUUUUUACAUCAAGAAGCAUUACAACAGCCUACUGGUGAACAAACAACAAUAGAUAUUUUAUCAACUACGCCGUUAAUAUCUCGAAAAACUAAACCAUGGAGUGAAGACGGUUUUCCAAUGGUAUGCACAUUAGUCCGUGGCACACCAGGAACAAUUGAACUUUUAUAUCGGAAAAUUCAACAAGAAGUUCCUGCUGUUAUUCUCAAAGGAACAGGAUCUGCUGCUGAUAUUAUUGCAUUUGCUUAUGAAGAAAUAAAUGCAAAAAAUGAUAAAGAGUAUGAAGAUAGUUAUUUAAAGGUUGAAUUAACUCGACGGUUACUUGAUGAAUAUCCAGCAUUAAAAGAUAAUAAUGUUAAACGAAACGAAAUACGCGAUCAUAUUAUUUCCAUUGUAAAAAAAUCAGAUCAAGGAAAACGGAAAUUCCUAACAUUUGUUGAUGUUAAUAGCACAACAGCAUCGUUAAAUGAUUUUCAUAAAUUUAUUCUUUCAGCUUUAUUGCAAUCACAAAAAACUGCUACUGGAAAUAAAGUUAAUGUACAAUUGAAACGAAAUCUUCAAUUGACACUUGAUUGGAAUUUACCAGAUUUAGCUUUAUCUGAAAUCUUUCAACGUGAUGAUGAUAUGAAAUAUUCUAUCCAAGCAGAUUUAUUUGAUAAAGCUUUACUUGGAAAAAAACUUGAACCAUUCGUUGAUUUAUUUCUUGAUCGAGAAUUUGCUCUACAUCGAUAUUUAAAAUCAGAUAAAUUAAUUAGUUUAUUUAAGGAUGCAAAAGAUCGAGAAUUUCUAACAACAACAUCACUUGAAGGAAUUCUUGGAUUAACUGGAGAUGAAGAGGAAAUGCCAAAAAACUUUGUUGAACAUGGUCUUAAUAUAAUUGUUAAACGUUUAACUGGUAUAAGCCAUUUUUUUAGUAAACACGAAAUGGAUUGCAAUGCUAUGGGAAUUUAUUUUGGUGAUAAAACAGAUAAAGGUGUCCAACGACAAAGAAUACGAGCAGAAAAGAAAGCACUUCGACAUUUAAUCAUUUAUGCUGUAUUAGUGAAUCGACAUCAAUUGGCUAAAAUUCUUUGGAAACGUUCAUCCGAGCCGAUUCCAUUGGCGUUAAUAUGUUGUAUGAUGUUUAAAAAAUUAGCACCCUACUGUCAUGAAUCAUAUCAACGAUUGCUAAUUGAAAAACAAGCCAAAGAAUUUUCUGAUUGUGCUGUUGGUGUACUUGAUAAAGCAUUCAAUGAAGAUAAUGCGAGAACAUUUGAAAUGCUUGAUGAAAAACAUCCAGACUGGAAUCAUAUGGCAACUGUUGAAUUAGCUUAUAAUGCAGAAAAUAAAGAAUUCAUGGCACAUGCUGCAUGUCAAAAAUGGGUUACUAGGCAAUUUUAUGGAGAAAUCACUCCACGAGAACUCUCAUGGGGAUUAUUUAAAUGUCCAGAUUAUCUUAAAAUUAUUUUUAGUGCUUUUCUUAUAUUUCCAAUGUGGUUUUGGAUAAAUUUCUCUCCAAUAGGUCAAGCACCACCAACGCCGAAAACAUUAAGUGAUUUACAUGAUGAUAAAAGUUUGAAUGUGAAACCAGAAAAAAAACUUGAGGAAGGAAAAAAAUUAGAUGAAAUGACUGGCGAAAUAAGCGUACGGCAAAGAAAUGGUAUAUUUCAACGAAUAAGAUCGUGCUUUCGUCGCAAUGGAAUUCAAAAACAAAAAAGUGUUACUAGUACAACAAGUGCUAAUGAAAAAUCAAUGAGCCAUUGGGAAGAAAUCAAAGUUUUAUGGACAGCACCAAUAACAAAAUUUUAUACAAAUUUUGUUGCUUAUAUUGCUUUCUUAUUAUUUUUUACGUUAGCUGUUAUGUGGCCAACAUGCGGCAAUUUAUUACUUGAUUGUUUUGUUUGGUUUUGGACAGCAUCGAUUGCAUUUGAAAAUACACGUGUUGCUUAUGAAAAAUAUUGUUCUCAGAGUAGUCUACCUUUACAACGAGCUGUGCUAGAAGUUAUAGUACAAACAAUAUUUCUAGCAUUAUAUCUAACUUUUAGAAUAAUUGGUUUAUGGAAUUUUGGUACUUGUCAAGUUUUAACAGCGAAAGCAAUAUUAGGCAUUGGUUUAAUUUAUUACUAUUAUCGAAUAUUAUUUAUUUUCUUGCCCAUUAGUCCAAAACUUGGUCCGAUGAUGAUUCGGCUUCGUUGUAUGAUAAUGGAUGAUUUUUUUACAUUUUUACAAUUAUUUGUAAUAUUUAUGAUAUCGUCGGGUGUUGCAAUAACCGCUGUACUUUAUCCACAUUAUCCACUUGGUUUAGAUCUGUUUACAAAAGCUUUUGUAUUUCGUGGUUUAAUGGCUUUGUUUAGUAGUGAAAUGUCUGAUUUAAAAAAUCAACAUCAAUCCUGUUCGAUAAAUGCAACAGGUCAAAGUGAAAGUGAAUAUUCUUGUUUGCGAUUAUCCAAUGGAUUAUCAUUUAAAUAUGAUAACCUUUAUGCAUAUAAUCGAUACGGAAUAUCAUCACCACGAUGCAAUCAAACAUCAUGGAUAGCAUGGUUUUUACUUAUACAAUAUUUCUUUUUGGCUAAACGUUUUCUUACAUCACUUUUAACUGCAAUGUUUGGGUUAACUGGAGCAAGAGUACAAAGCCAAUCGGAACAAAUAUGGAUGUACAAUCGAUAUGAAAUUGUCAUGGAAUAUGAUAAACGCCCUCGAUUGCCACCACCAUUCGUCGUUAUUUCAUAUAUUAGCAUGUUGAUAACAAAUGGUAGUCGUCGAUGUGUCAUUAAAUUAAAAGAAUAUUCAGAUAAAAAAAAGAAUAGAAUUAGUCAUAAUCGUAGACCUCUAGUAGAACCAAAUAGUACGACAAAUAAUGAGCGAAAUAUACCAGAUGGAAACAAUGACUCAAGUACAAAUGAACUGAAUGAAAUAAAUGAAGAUCGUUCUUUACUUGGACGCUUACUAAAUUGUAAACCAUGUCUAAGAGUUACCGAUACUCAUCAGAAAAAAAUUGAAGAUUCAAAGCGAAACUGGGAAGAUAGUGAAGCAAAUUUAUAUUGGAAGUAUAAAGCUAUUGAAUUUUAUGCUAAGACACAAGAAGCUGACAAAGUACAAGAAAAACUUGAUAAUCUAUCAAACAGUGUCACAAAUGUACAGAAAGAUAUGGAUGUACAAAGAAAAUCAUUACGACAAAUCAAUGAUCGUGUUGUUACAUUAGAGAAAAUCAUGAUUGAUUCACAUAUAUUACUUGAAAAGAUUCGUGCAACAAUUCAACAAGAAGAUAAAUCAUUACCUGAAUGUCAAAAAUUUAUUCAUAUUCUAUCAAGAGAAUCCCCGUAUAUUUAUACAAAUGAAGCAAGAUUUCCAGUUACUGAAAAAUACAUUCCUUGGAAGAUUCCAUUUGAUUUAUAUGAUCCAUCUUUGAUAACAUUACCAAAAGAACAUAGUUGUUUUCGAGACGAUGAACGUCCAUUUGUUGAACCAAAUUUAUUAAAAACAAGCUCAAUAGAUGAUCUAUCAUCGUCGAUUAUUGAUACUUAUCUAACACCAGCAACUCCAAUUAGUCAACCCGGUACAUUUGGAGCGAUUGAGCCAGCAAUGACAAAUAUAACAUUUGACUUUACAAUUCCUGCAUUUGAAUAUAAAUGGAAUCAAACUGCUGAAGUACAAUUACCAGAUAGGAAAAAGAUGAUUGUUGAUCGUACUACUUGGUUAACAAAUCCUGGUGAUAAAACACCACUUGUCUAUCGAUUAGAUACUCAGCUAUUAAUUCCUUUAUGCCCGAUGGGUCGUACAGGUGUUCGUGGUCGUGGUGCAUUAAUACGUUGGGGUCCAAAUAAAUCGAUCAUGGGAAUAAUAACCCGAUGGAAAAAACAUCGUGGACAAUUUGCAAUUGUUGAUGGACAAAGAAUCUUAGAAGCAUUAGUAUUUAAAGAUAAACUCACAAAUGAUUGGAAGCUACCAGGCGGAAAAAUCCUAGGUGUUGAAUCACCAUAUGGAGCUGUUUGUCGUAGUUUUAAUAUACUUGCUUUUCAAGAUAAUGAUUCUGAACAUAGUUUAUCUCUGCAAGAACGAGAUAUGAUUGAACACUUUGCAUCAUUCGCUCGUUCAUCUGAUGGUACUGAUAGACCAAAUGGUUUUGAAUCUUAUAUGGUCUAUCGAGGAUAUAUUGAUGAUGUACGCAAUACAGAUAAUGCUUGGGUAGAAGCAGAAAUAUGGAAUUUUCAUUAUGGCUCGACCAUGUCAUUUCCAAAUUUACGUACUGAUGGUAUGGCUUUAUGGAAAGAUGUUACAUAUAAUGCUCGCGGUUUUCUCAUGCAAACAUCAAUAUUACGCGAAAUAGCUCGAAUACAUGAUGCUUAUUUUGAAUAA